CGGUGCUCAUCCAGGACUUAGACGGCCUCACAGUUCUCGGCGCAGCGAAGCGAAGCUCAUCUGCACUGUCCCCCACCAACCACACACAUACACUCUGCAGAGACGCGAAGAACAAGCGGCACAUGCAGGACAUACGCGAAAACAUGCACAAAUAUUUCAGGGCCUACUUCGAGACGGUGCUGAGCAGUGGUGAAAGUGGCCGUAGAAGCGGCGGCGAAAGAGGCAGUGGGAGUAGCGGAGAAAGAGGCAGUGGGAGCUCCCCCUGCUGGAGGCACGAACUAACCAAAAUCAUUUUGCUCAAGUUGGCUUGCCCCGAAAUUCUCGACAUACUAAAUAAGGAAAGCAUAAAGGAGAUGCUCAAAAAUGUUAAUAAAUCAGUUCGAUACAAUCCAAGUCUGUUGAUCCUGCUUAAGGACGAGUUUCUGCAGUUAUUGAAAAAUGAGUCUUCCAUGUACUACCACUUAGUGAGUGAAAAAGUUUUGCAGAUAGUGGCGGAGAAUACGAAACGUAUGGAUGUCACUUAUGAUGAUAUUGAAAAGUAUUACGUCACUUUGCAUUCCUUUUUCUGUGGGGGAGAUUACACGGAGGUGAAAUUUUGGGUAUCGUUAAUUCAUGCCUUUACCAACAUAGCGAUAUGUUGUCACGACUUUUCCGAAAGUGUGUUACGUGUGUACUCUGCAUUUCUUUCGAGAAGCGACGUAACUCUCAUGCUGAAGCACAUCGUCACUGAGCACGUUGGGAUGAUAAAGAACGUGUUUUACGCAAAGGAAGGGUUUUUUUUUUCCU